AUGGAGGGCGCGGAGGAGCGGCUCGUCAGGUCGGCCUCCGAGGAGGUCUCCCGGCAGUUCAAGGCUCUCGUCGACGCCGGCGACGUUGACUCCCUCAAGCAGCUGCAGCAUCUCAUGUACGUACGGCUCUCCCUCCCUCCCUCUCCUCGCUACCCGAUUCACAAACCCUAGAUCGCGGCCGCCGCCGGAGACGCCGUUGACUUUCUCCUCUUCGGGUGGCGGCAGACUGGGGAGGCUGCAAGAUUGCAACGCGGUGCUGUCCCACUUCAACGAGUGCUCCGAGCGAUGCUACGCGGAGGUCAGCGGCGACUUCUCGAGGAGCACGCGGCUCUUAAAGUCCAUGAAAGCCGACCUCGACCACAUCUUCGUCAAGCUGAGGUCGGUCCGGCGGACCGACCCCUCUGCAUGUUUUCUUCGCUCUUAUCUACCUGACCAUCCAGAUCGGCGGUGCAGAGGCAUGAAGGCGAGGCUGCAGGCGACCUACCCAGACGCGUUCCCGGGGUCUUCCGACCCGGAGGGGUUUCUCGACCGAAGGCCCGAUCUCGAGAGCCCUCUCCACCCGGCAGAAGAUCCCCGCCAUCAUCUGUAA